UCCCCAACCUCCUCUCCUCUCCUCUCCUCUCCUCUUCUUCUCCCUCCAAAAAUCUCCUCCUCCGCUUCACUCGCUCCCCUUCCCUCCAUUCCAUUCCCUUCCUCUUCGCCCGCCGCGAGAUCGGUAGACCAAAUUAACCACACUCGCGCCGCCAUUCUCUUCUUCUUCUUCUUCUUCUUCUUCUUCUUCUUCAGUUGAGCUGCUUGUCCCGAGCUCUGCUCGUUUCUUGGCGUCUUCUUUCUUCUUCUUCCUCCUCGGUGCGGUUGCGGUUUCGUUUUCGUUUUCUUUCCCCUUUUUCUGUCGGUUAAUUCGGCGACGUCUGAUCCGCCAUGAGAGCGAGCAGUUUGUUCACUCAGUUCCCCUUCGUCUGAUACUGAUCCCUCCUCACUCUCUGCUCGAUUUCUCAUCGUCUCUGUAAGCAAGAUCCGAUCCCCGGAGGCCAAAACCCCUCCCGAAUCGCGUGGUUCUUGUUUGUUCUAAUCAUCCUUCGAUUGGGUUGGGUUGAGCAAUCGAUUGCGUUGUUGUUCUUGCUGAUCCGAAGAUCCAAAGGAGGAGGAGGAGCUUGAGGUUGAAAUUUCUCGCCGGAGAUGGCGCUGCCGCACGCCGCCUCGCCGUACGUGCUGUCGCUGCUGCUGCUGCUCUCCAUCCCGGCGGUGUUCCUCCUCGCGCCGCGCCUCCUCCCGCCCAAGACGCUCCCCUCCAUCCCCGACGCCGACGAGACCGACGACCUCGCCCUCUUCCGCCGCGCCGUCCUCCUCUCCGCCGCCCCGGACUCCUCCUCCGCCUCCGCCGGCGCCGCCUCCCUCUUCGGGCGGCGGCCGCAGCCCAAGGUGGCGUUCCUCUUCCUGACCAACUCCGACCUCGUCUUCUCCCCGCUCUGGGAGAAGUACUUCGCCGGGAACCACCACCUCCUCAACCUCUACAUCCACGCCGACCCCAGCGCCGCCGUCGACCUCCCCGCCACCGCCUCCUUCCGCGGCCACGUCAUCCGCGGCACCAAGGCGACGGCGCGCGCCUCGGCCACGCUCAUCUCCGCCGCGCGCCGCCUCCUCGCCACCGCCCUCCUCGACGACCCAUCGAACCACUUCUUCGCCCUCCUCUCCCAGUCCUGCAUCCCCCUCCACCCUUUCCCCACCUUCUACCGCACCCUCCUCUCCGACAGCGACAACAAUGGCGGCUCGCCUCGCCGCCCCCGCCGCCGCCGCAGCUUCAUCGAGAUCCUCGACAACGAGCCGACGCUCCACGACCGCUACUACGCCCGCGGCGACGACGUGAUGCUACCCGAGGUGCCCUACGACAGCUUCCGCGUCGGCUCGCAGUUCUUCGUGCUCGUGCGCCGCCACGCCGUCAUGGUGGUGAGGGAUCGGAGGCUGUGGAACAAGUUCAAGCUGCCAUGCCUGACCAAGAGGAAGGACUCGUGCUACCCGGAGGAGCACUACUUCCCGACGCUGCUCGACAUGCAGGAUCCGCAGGGAUGCACCAAGUUCACGCUCACCAGGGUCAAUUGGACCGACUCCGUCGACGGCCACCCGCACACCUACCGCCCCGACGAGGUCUCCGGCGAGCUCAUCAGGGAGCUCAGGAAGUCCAAUGGGACUCACUCCUACAUGUUCGCGCGCAAAUUCGCGCCCGAUUGCCUCAAGCCACUGAUGGAGAUCGCCGACUCCGUCAUCCUGCGAGACUAGAUGAAUGAUGCUGUGUUUGCAAGAGAUGAAUGCAAUGAGGGCUGAGAUGUGAUGAACAAGCAUAAGCUGAUCCAUCCAUACCCUUGCAGAUUCUCCAGAGAGUACAAACCAGGACCAAGCCUUGGUUUGCUUUGUUUUCUUCAACUGCACUCGUCAAAAAGAUGGUGCUUCUCGAGAGAGCAUGAUGGUUGGUGUUGGUGGCAAAAGGGCCCCAGCUGCCUCCUAUGUGAGUAUUUUUCUCUGUAUCUUUUGUUUUCCCUUUCGAAUUUGAGCUCAAGUGGUGGCCAAAAUGAGGAGGGGAGAAGGUUGUUGGCACGUAAUUAGAGUAGUAGUUAGCAUGAUCAUCCUAUGUAUUACAUGGAGGAAAAUCUGUCGAUACAUGCAGUGAUGGUUUGUAGUGUAUGUUUAUAUACAAUAUGUCAAUAUCAAGCCCUUUUUUUCGUCCGAAAUGUAUCGUUUGUAUCAUGGAAAACCUAUCUUGUGUUUGAAGUCAUAUUCUGCCAUUAGGUGGUUACUGCUAACUGCACUUUCCUUGCAAA